AUGUUUGAUUUUUCUUGCCUUGAAUGCGUAUCUGCUUUGUUUCACGCUAACACUAAAAAUGAAAUUAAUUCAUUUGUGUGUGUGUGUUUUUCUCCCCACCACUUGCAGAGUUGUAUCGAAGAUAUCGUAAAUCACAUUUCCACAGGAUUUGAAUCCCUUCACCAGAUCUUGGAUGAGAAGGAGAAGGCUAUUAUGAAGACUGUCCAGGAGAAGAGGAAGAAGAACUGGGUGGAAAUGCAAGAUGCCUUUUCGAGCCUGAAAAACGACGUUUCUUCCCUGACUGAGAUUAUUAACAAGGUUAAAGCAGCGUUAGAAAGUACAGACCACGUGGCCUUUCUGAAGGACUUCCAGGAGCUGAUGCAGCAAGCCAAAGACUCAAUAGAGGUGGAGGUGGGAAAAGAUGACAACAAUGCAACUGAAGAGGAAGAUAAGUCGUCUGAUGAAGAAGAGGGUGAAAGUAGUGAAGAGGAGGAGGAAUAUUCUGAAGAUGAUGAGAAAAAUGAGCCACUGAGUUUUAGCGAGCUGAUUAAGAGAUUCCACGACUCAACAGAGGAGGAGGAAGAUGACAACAAUGCAGCUGAAGAGGAAGAUAAGUCGUCUGAUGAAGAACAGGAUGAAAGUAGUGAAGAGAAGGAGGAGGAAUAUUCAGGAGACAAUGAGAAAAAUAUGGUGCCAGUGUUUUCAUCUCUCAAGAAAUUCAAAGUGGCAUUGGAUUUUGAAGCUUGGGGAAAAGUGUUGCAAGGUAUCGAACCCCAGGAAGAGAACUGAUCUCACUCUGCAUUCUCACACUACAGAGUGUACCGUUUUCUCACUCUGCCUUUACACAUUAUACAGAGGGAGGGAGCUGUACCAUACUGCAUAGGGCAGUAUAAGGGAGAGGGUGUCCUAGCUGUGUAUUUAGGGGGGAAAGACUUUGUGUGGUUUUUAAACAUAUUUUUUUAUUAGUUUUCCAUUUAAUAAUAUAUAAUCACAUCAUUGCUAUCCACUUUACCUCUCCAGCUCUUUUGAGCCUAUAAACUUCCUUCCCUCCCAGCUCACGGCUUUCAAAGUAAACCUUUAUAUCAUUGCAUUUUAUACAUUUUCUAGUUCUGAUUAGCUCAUUACAAAAGUCAUUGAAAUUUAUGUUAAAAUAAAAAGGGAGAAAAAUCUUCAUUACGAGUCUUUAGACAAUCCUGCUAGUGAUGUUAAUUGCUUAUAGUAAUCUUUCAGAUAUCGUAUGAAUUUACUCCCGUCCUUUUGGAAUACUUGAUCUUGCUGGUU